CUCAUUAUUCUCUACGCUAUGUAUAUUGGAUAAAACACGUCCUAAAAUUCAUAAGCCAACCUCAUUAUUCUCUAUCAAAAAAGAAGAGCGAACACCUUCGAGUUAUUGUCUAGUUGUUAUUUCAAGAAAUGGACUUGGCUUUAUCCAUGGAUAAUAUUGUUAUAUCCAAUGAAGAAGAAAAUUCUUUGAUGAAGGCUAUGAACCUUCCUGCUGGUUUAUAUCUUAACAUGGUUUUAAGAGCUGCCAUUGAACUUGACUUAUUUGAGAUCAUAGCAAAAGCUAAUACUCAACUAUCUUCUUAUGAAAUAGCAUCUCAAAUUCCCGCAAAAAACCCUAAAGCCCCACUUCUUCUUGAAAGGAUUCUAAGGUUUCUUGCAAGUCAGUCUUUUCUCACAUGCAAUAUUACAAAGGAUGAUGAUGGGCAAACUCACAAAUCAUAUAAUUUGACACCUUUGAGCCAGAGUUUAAUCUCAGAUGAAAAUGGAUCAUCAAUUGCUCCCUUUUUACUACUGACUACUGAUCCAGUAGGUGUCAAUUCAUGGUUUCACUUGAAAGAUGCAAUUCUAGAUGGUGAGAUACCAUUCAACAAGGCCCAUGGAGUGCAUGCAUUUGAAUACCAUGGAAAAGAUAGUAGAUUCAAUGUGGUGUUCAACAAAGCUAUGCAAAACCACACUUGCAUUGAAGUGAAUAGAAUUCUUGAGUGUUACAAAGGCUUCCAAGGAGUAAACGAGGUAAUAGAUGUGGGAGGUGGACUUGGGAUAUCGUUGGCUUCUAUAAUUUCUAAGUAUCCUAAUAUCAAGGGUACCAAUUUUGACCUACCUCAUGUAAUCAAAGAUGCUCCUACUUAUGCAGGCAUAGAGCAUGUGGGAGGAGAUAUGUUUAAGAGUGUUCCUAAAGGGGAGGUAAUCAUUCUGAAGGCAGUACUUCAUGAUUGGGAUGACGAAUAUUGCCUGAAAAUAUUGAAGAAUUGUUGGAGCGCUUUGCCAAAAGAUGGUAAGGUUGUGCUAAUCGAAAAAAUACAACCAGAAUAUCCAGAGACUAAUGAUUUUUCUAAGCAUACAUUUAGUGUUGACAUGUUAAUGAUGACUAUGCUUGAUGGAGGGAAAGAAAGAACAAAGCAACAAUUUGAAGCCUUGGCUAAACAAGCUGGAUUUGCUGCUCUCAAAGUAAUAUGUCGUGCAUAUUAUUGUUGGGUCAUGGAGUUGUACAAGUAUUAACUAUUUUAAUUAAUUUCUGCAAUAAACUAAAAAGUUAAUUAGUUUAUGUAUUUUCUGUCCAUCUCUAAAUGUUUGGCUGAUCUGAUGCUAAGUAUGUAACAUGAUAUUCCAUAAACGUCCUAUCAUAAUAAAGGACUCCUAAUAUAUGUUGCUUUAUUUUCUGGAAAA